AACCUAUAAACACGCCCAGGAAGAGCUUGUUCUCGUCUCGCCCAACCUGCCUGCGUAGAACGUUGUAAUAAUCAUCGGUUGCAAAAUCCAUGAAAAUUUGAGGGGGGGGGGAAAUGUCAAAUUCAACAGAGAGAUACCAAAAACUUUGCAUCGGAGAAUCACUCCCAAUAAUCUAUCGAUACCCAAUUGCCUGCGAAGAGCUCAGCUUUAUUCUCAGAGGCGCUUAUGCUAAACUCCCCAAGCAGCUUCAAUCCCUCAUCUUUCAGCAUACCCUUGCCGCCAUUCGGUUUCUUCCCGAAAUGCAGACUGGUAGCGCUGCUUCAGCAGCUCAUCUCCUACUUCAGAGUGCAGAAGCUGCCUUUCCAAAACAGAAGAAGAGCUUGGUUGUUGCGGAGUUUAAGCAGGCAAAGGUUGCUCAUAAAAGGCGCGGUAAAGCACACAAGGAAGACAAAGGUCCGGCACAAUUGCCUCAAGAUGUUCUCGUUCACAUAUUCCGUUUACUAGAUUUGCAAUCUUUAAUCUCUGCAGGACUAGUCUGUUGGUCAUGGAAUUUUGCGGCAAAUGAUAACCAUAUAUGGGAAUUGCAUUAUACAAUAUUCUUUAGCAGGUUAGUAAACGAGGAUCAUACAUAUCCGGAGGAGAGUGUGAUUUCGAGGGCCAGUAUUGAUUGGAAAGAGACCUUUAAAAGAGCAUAUAAAGGCACUCAUUCAAAGAAAUUUAUGUCCGGUAGGGGAUAUUGCGGGCAUUGCGACACAAUAGUUUGGCUCAAGAAUUUAAAAUGCUCUAAUGGCCGAUGUGAGCUGAAAAACGAAAGCCCGCGGAUUAAGCCUAUUUCACCCUAUGAGGUUGUCGCCUAUGUAACGGAUGGAUAUAUGUCGGAGAUGUCUUCGUCGGAUAGUGAUAGCGAGUCAGACGAAGAGCUCGUUUCCAGAUUAUGGGCGUAUCCGAGAGACAUACGUAGAAUUGAGAAAACACCUAUUGUUUACAAGUAGUUCUGUGGAAUCUUUUUGUAAACGAAGAUGGUGUAUAGAAAUGAGCAGUUUCCUUGAUCCUUCUACCCCCCAUAUAAUUGAUCUGCUUCUACUGGAGAAGGUAACUCUAUGUAAAUAUCAUUUUGUUUAGGU